AUGGAUCUCAAGAAGCAGUUCUCGUUCCCGCUGUCGGAAAACGAUUUUGUGCACGAGAUGGUGGAUGUGAGCCACCACAACAUUCAGAUCGAGAAACGAUUCACUUACAAGACCAGCGAGGGUGUUAUGGUGUUCACCAUCAGCGCGUUGUGGGACUACCUCAAGGAGUUGCAACAAGAAUUGGAAACGCGAUACGUUGAGGGCCACCCGGACGUCGAAGACUAUCCGGACCUUGAUAACGAGCUCGACAUUGCGAUGGUUAUGAGCGAAUUGAAGGGCAAUGAGAAAUGCCAUGGCCACGGACCGGCGUAUCCAGUAGACAUGGUCAAGGAUGUGUUGAGCAGACACAUCAAGUUUUAG